CAGACGUCGCAGGACGCACAUUGCCAGCGUCUCCCAAAGGGCCGAUUUCUAGGACGUUCCACCGGUGGGAAGGCGCCACCUCAACGGAGAUGAUGUCUGAUGAAGAAGAUGAGUUUUCCAUGGGACCUGCAACCAAAAAAAUUUGUCUUGAAGAAUCCAAGAGUACUGGAUCAUUUAUGAGCGGGCAAAGUAUGGCCCUACCAUCAGCGAAACAGGAAGAAGAGGGAGAAUCCCAUCUUGGGGACCUAGCCAUGCCAGAGGCAGAAGGUGCUACUGCCAUGUAUGAUGUCUAUAAGAAGAUGAUGGAAAAUUUUCAAACCCCAUCUGAUACAUUCUUGACCCAGUUUGGUCCACCAGAGCUUAUGUAUAUGACAGGAGACAGAAUUUCACCCAAGCAGUUGGAUUCUUUGUCUGAUGACUUCACCGGUCUCUGCAAAGAUGGGCUGAUGAACGAGCCUGAUAAUGCAUUUGCUGGAGAAGUUGAAAAUUUCACUGUCUCUGGAGAUAAUCCACAAGUCACAGAAAAGUUCACUCUGCCAAAAAGCUCAGGGGAAAUUGAUACUGAUAUUAAACAUCAGUUAAUGAAGGAAAUUCGACAGUUUGGACGAAAAUAUGAAAAGAUCUUCAAAUUGCUUGAAGGAGUAAAAGGACCUCUAGAAGUCAGGAGACAAUAUAUUGAAUUUACCAUCAAGGAAGCAGCAAGAUUCAAAAGAAGAGACUUAAUUAUGCACCUUGAAAGAUACUAUGAAAUAGUUGCUGACCAAGUUCUCAGCGAGAAUAAUCAGUAAUUCUGUUACCAUGAUGAGUAAUGAGAAAGGACCAGAUGUCCAUUUCUUUGGAAGGGGGAAAGAUAUUGCUGAAGCCUCCUAGCAUAUGUUAGUUAGAGUUGCCUUCUAGAAGCUAAGAAAAAGUAGUGUCAGUUUUUAAUGUUAUGAAUCUCUGUUAGUAAAAGUAGAGCUUUUGCCUCAAGUCUUGUUUGUUGCUUUGUUUUCCCACCUGUACUGGUGGAUGCUAUUAACUCAUCAGCUAAAUACUA